ACGUUGGAUUAGAAAGGAAAUGGAGCAUGUGGGCUUCUUUUGCUCCCAUUCACCAAAUAUAUAAAGACCCAUCUAUUUUACUUGAAUUCAAUUGCCGUGUUCAUCACUUUAAGAUCAACCCAGAUUGUCUUUUUGAAGUAUUUUAUAGAUACUCAUCCAAAAAGGAAGUCUUUCAUAGGUUUCUUUUAUUGGGUGACGUUUAUUUUUAUUGAAUUGAAAAAAAAAAGGAAAAGAGAAAAGCAAUCGUAAAUGGAAGAAGGCAAUACAAAAAGCAAGUUCAGGAGGGUUUGUGUUUUCUGUGGGAGCAACUCCGGCCACAGAAAAGUCUUCAGUGAUGCCGCUCUUGAAUUAGGCAAUGAACUGGUGAAGAGGAGGAUAGACUUGGUGUAUGGUGGAGGAAGUGUUGGGUUGAUGGGUUUGAUAUCUCAGACAGUGUAUGAUGGAGGUUGCCAUGUUCUCGGGGUCAUUCCAACAGCUCUCAUGCCUCUUGAGAUAUCUGGUCAAACUGUUGGAGAAGUAAGAACUGUUACAGACAUGCAUGAGCGUAAAGCUGCAAUGGCUCGAGAAGCUGAUGCCUUUAUUGCUCUUCCAGGAGGAUAUGGAACUAUGGAAGAGCUGUUGGAGAUGAUAACGUGGGCCCAACUUGGAAUUCAUAAGAAACCAGUUGGUCUGCUAAAUGUUGAUGGGUACUAUAAUUGCUUGCUGGCAUUAUUUGACAAUGGCGUUGAAGAAGGAUUCAUCAAACCAGGUGCUCGGCAUAUAGUUGUCUCUGCUCCAACUGCCAAAGAACUAAUGAUGAAGAUGGAGCAAUACACUCCUUUCCAUGAACAUGUUGCUCCUCAUGAAAGCUGGCAGAUGGAGCAACUUGGUAAUUAUCCAGGAAAAGAAAAUGCACAGUGAUUAUUAUUGUCUUUGCUUUAUGGUCAAUUGAAACACUGUUCUGUAGUCAUAUCUGGUUGGUUCCACUUGCUAAAGGGCAAAGAUACUUUGAAAUGGGAAGCGCUGAUAUGAAAUAGUACAGAAUCUUCUAGUAAGUGGUGAGAGGUCCCACAAUUUAGUGGCUUAAUUGGACUAGAUAGCUGAUUUGAGGACAACUUGGACUUUUGGUGAAGCUAUUGAAUACCAGUAACCUAAAGAUGACUUCAUCAUGAGAUCCACGCAUGAAACCAUCAAAGGAACAUUCAAUUCUAAAUCACAUUCAUUUAGUAAACAUACUAGAGAACAUCUUAAGGAAGCUUCCUUCUAGUUAUUCUUUUGAUUUGAUAAUGUCAAAUAAUUUCAUUCUUAAGUUAUUUUUUUGAAGCA